UGUAGAAAUAUUACUUGCCUUAACUGGAAUGUCAAAGUAAUCCUUACCCCCUCUUUCAGAUGUUUAGAAUUAAGUUGCUAUUCUGAAAGCUUCUGAAAUGUCUCUAUUUUUUUAAGGCAAAAAGGUAAAAAAAAAAAAAAACACAAGACAAAACAUAAACAAAAAAAUACCCCAAAAAAUCCACCACCAAAGUACACUGGGGAGGUGAGUGAGGCGUCUGCUUUGACCAAUGUAUUUUUUUCCACUUCUAACACUGGACUAUCCCUAGCUGUACUAUUGGAAGGACUAUUGUGUAGUUGAUGCACUUUGGAACACUAGGGAAAUUCCAGGAGGUUGGAAAGGUGCUGGUGUGUUAAAAGGAGAUGGAGUGGAUGACUGGCAGUUCAUGAUGUGCUGCGCAGAGCUACCUGAGCCACCUGAGGUAUUUGGUCGGCACUGCAUGAUGUUAAUACGUAUAUAGUUUACAUAUACUACCAGCUCUCCUAUUUGUUCUUAGUACAGGUUUCAGUUAACAAGGAGAGGAAAAAAAAGUAUGUAAUUAAUCCUAGUAAAUAAAGCUUGAAUGAAAUAAUAGCUCAUUAAAUGUAUUAUUUGACUUUGUUAAAGGUAUCUGUAUAUAUUGAGGGCCUUACAGAAUAUAAAAAUUAAUACUGAAUACCAGUAAGUGCCAUUCAGUUCAGGAUACCUCAGGAGUAGUCUGGGUGUGUACAAGACUGAACGGUUUCCAUGGAUGUUCAGCAAAAACUGGUAAUUGCUUGUCACAGUUUGUUUUCAUUACUGAUUUUCUUGGUGCACAAUGUCUGUUGAUCUAAGUCUUUGCAUGAUAAAACUGUGGUUCAUGGAAAGGCAAAUAGCACUGAGGCAGCCACCGUGAUUGCUAGGUGAAGUAGAUCCAGUCAGAUUCGUGUGCUAAGGCUGCUGUAUGCGAAGCUGUACACCUGGGAACAAGGUGAUUCAGCUGAAUGUAAAUCAAGGCAUGUGGUCUCCUAGAAAGCACUGGCUGAGCUGCAUUUUGGAGUCAGAGUGGGUAAACAGCUUAAACAUGAGUUUCCAAGGUGAUGCUGUGACAAAGAAGCUAAUGUAGUUUUCAAAUGCAUUAAUGGAGUGAGUAGAGAUACAUUCUUGCCCAUGUGGGGUGGGCUGAAGUCAUUACCAAAAUAUUGUGUAUUGUUCUGGCAUCAGCACUUAGGAAGAAAUAAAAGCGCCAAACAAAAUUACUGUCUGCAAGGGAGAUUAAUCUCCAGUUUGAUGGAGAGCUAAGAAGUAAUGCCAUGCAGUGAAGUGUUCAGAGUUUACUGUGCAGCUGCUCGACAAAACUGAGAGGUGACUUGAUUAGUCCACAGGCAUCUCUCUGGCAAGGUAGUACUGGGUAUUAGUGAGCUUUUAUUAAUCUUGCAGACAAACACAAUGAGAAUUUGUAGCCAGAUAAGUUUAAAUUUAAAGAAAGUUUUUCACAGUGAAGGUGAUUAACCGUUGGUUUAUGAUAUGAAGAGCAGUUGUGUAUUUCUUAAUGUCUUUGAAUCAAGAUUGUGGAAAAAAGUCAAAAUUCAGCCAGCUACAAGGUGCUGAACUUUUGUUUUGUGUAUGUAGAGAACUGUAAUUCAUAAGAAAUAAGACUCAGUGAUCAAAUGAGAAGUGAUCAUGUGAAAGGAAAAAGAUGGGGAGAAGCUCCUCUUUCACCACCUUCCGUCUUUUUGAGCAGAGAUAGAUUUAGGACUUUUCCUUAGAAAUCCAGAACAUGAUCAAGGCAGUAAAAUCUUCUGAACAGGAGAAAGUAAGCAGGAAUUGAUAUAUGUUGGAGGUGUGGAGGCGUAUCAAAAUAGAGCCCCAUAUAUUUACUCAAAAAAAAAAAGUCCUUAUCUGUGGCUACAGUAUUAGUGAGCUGUUUGUAGGAUAAAUGUUACUCCCUUGCUGCUGGCUCAUGUUCAGCUUGCUAUCUCCCAAGUAGCUGUAGGACCUUGUCAGCAGCGCUGCUGUCCUGCCAGUCAGUCCCAGCGCUCAGUGAGGGUGAAGCAAGGUGACUUUUAUGGAAUACACUUCAGAAAAUACAGUUUAGUAAAAGUGUUAUUUAUUUUAUGUGUUACAAAAAUAUUUAUUUAAUUGUAUUUUAUUUACUGCAUUUAUAUGAACCCAGUGAAAUUAUUUUACAUGCAGUGAUCGUUUUAAAGUGGAUACUGAGUAAAAUACUGAAUUAAUCAGGAAUGAAACUAGAGAGAUUGAAGCUGCAGAAGAAGGAGCAAACAACGCUUAGUAAUUACGUGCUAUGAUAAUGCAUUAUGUGUGGAGACUUGACACAAGUGUUUUGACACUUUCCAAGCUCUCCAGAAAGUUAGUGAGUAGCCUGAUGGUGGACUAAGCAUCUCUAGGUAGAGAUUGCUAAAAGCUUUAAGUACUUUUCAUGUAUUGCAUAUGUUAAAAAGGUGGGAAGUGGGGAAAUGUAAGCUUGAGAACAAUCCCAGCUGCAGAGCUAACUUGCAUAUAAUCCACGUGCUCCUCUGGAUGGUGAUUUCAACAGAAGCACCUGAUGCUUGAGUUUGGCAACUCUGGUUUCUCCUGGCUGUAAGAUGGCAAAUAGGGCAGCUCUGCUCUUGCCACUUGUGCUCGUUGCAGAAAUCCGGUCUGUGUCCAGUCUGAUUACUGUUCUGUGGUUCCUAGAAUUCACACAAGGCCAACUUUUAGGUAGAUGCAGUGAGUUUCGUGGUGAUCCUGUACCUUGUAGAAGGAAGAAGUGGGGGAAAUCCACCACAACUGAUGGAAAACCUCUUUUGGUAAGAGAGCCUGGAGACAGUGUAGGUUCAGAAGGGGAUCAGUGGCUCCAAAGGCUCAGAUCCCUGAUCCUGUGGCUGGGUGUUGGGAUGAGGGUGGUAAACCACAGACGUGACUGACUGCUCUCCCUGCACAAUGUUUCCCAUUUGAGCUUUUGGAGGCAGACUGCUGGACUAGAUGGACACUGAUCUGUCUUUGCAGGGUAUUAUUUUAAUGUUAGCAUUAGAAAAAGGGUUUUCUUUCCCCCCCCCCAACCUAUUGAUAAAAGCUAUAUGAGUGAAUUUACAGCUUUUGCUAUGUUGGGAGUAACUCCAAAGCAUUUAGGGAAGUGGAAGCCAUGGUUUCCCUGGAAAACUGAGUUGGCUUGUGUUGGGACUAGUGACCCUAUUGCCUUCCACUCGUGUUCUGGCUAUUGCAUUGCCAGGUAAUGACUUGGUCAGCUGAAUUUGCUUCCUCUGUGUGUCCAUCCAUUCCCUUCCAUCCCCACUCCCCCACCCCCCAAAAAAAAAAGUGGGGGCAACUAAUAUAAGUGGACGUGGAAAAACUGCAGCUCUGGGUUUGAUUUAAGCCUUUGUGGAAUCAUACCUCAAAAUAUUUUUGGGAUGGAAGAAGUUAGUGUUUUCCAGCAUUCCUGCUGAGUAUAUAACUUACUGCCAUUUCUGAUCUUUGAAGAGAGAUUUAUCGCUUCCUGUGGCAAUACUGAAUGCUCAAAAGUUUCACUAGUACGACUCAUCUGUUCUGUUCCAGUGUGUGUUCUGACAUCAAGAGCUGCAUGAAGAGUAGCCAUCAUGAAGAGAACAAAUCAGUCCAGGCAGAAGUGCAGAAGCGUCAAGAACAUAAAUCAGGAAGCUGAAAUGGAAGGUGAGGCAGUUGAAGCAAUUGUGGAGGAAUCGGAAACAUUUAUAAAGGGGAAAGAGAGAAAAACCUAUCAAAGACGCCGUGAAGGUGGGCAGGAGGAUGAUGCUUGUCAUAUAGCACCAAACCAAGCAGAUGGAGGGGAAGUAGUGCAGGAUGUCAACAGUGGUGUGCAGAUGGUGAUGAUGGAACAACUGGAUCCAACUAUUCUCCAAAUGAAGACUGAAGUAAUAGAAGGUGCAGUGCCUCAAGAAACAGAGGCCACAGUGGAUGAUACACAGAUCAUAACACUUCAGGUUGUUAAUAUGGAAGAGCAGCCUAUAAACCUGGGUGAGCUUCAGCUGGUCCAAGUACCUGUACCAGUGACUGUACCUGUUGCCACCACAUCUGUGGAAGAACUUCAGGGAGCUUAUGAAAACGAGGUUUCCAAAGAGGAAGAACCCAUGAUCUGUCACACCCUCCCUUUACCAGAAGGCUUCCAGGUUGUGAAAGUGGGUGCAAAUGGUGAGGUGGAGACACUGGAACAAGCUGAACUUCAGCCACAGGAAGAUCCCAAUUGGCAAAAAGAUCCAGACUAUCAGCCACCAGCCAAAAAAACGAAGAAAAACAAAAAGAGUAAACUUCGCUACACCGAGGAAGGCAAAGAUGUGGAUGUCUCUGUGUAUGACUUUGAAGAGGAGCAGCAGGAGGGUUUAUUGUCUGAGGUCAAUGCAGAAAAGGUGGUGGGCAAUAUGAAACCACCAAAACCAACAAAAAUCAAAAAGAAAGGUGUAAAGAAGACAUUCCAGUGUGAACUGUGCAGUUACACUUGUCCGCGUCGUUCCAACUUGGACCGCCACAUGAAAAGCCACACUGACGAAAGACCACACAAGUGCCACCUCUGUGGCAGGGCCUUCCGGACAGUCACAUUGCUGAGGAACCACCUCAACACUCACACAGGUACUCGCCCUCACAAGUGCCCAGACUGUGACAUGGCCUUUGUGACCAGUGGAGAGUUGGUUCGGCAUCGCCGCUACAAACACACCCAUGAGAAACCAUUCAAAUGUUCGAUGUGUGAUUAUGCCAGUGUGGAGGUUAGCAAAUUGAAACGCCACAUUCGUUCUCACACUGGAGAGCGCCCGUUCCAGUGCAGCUUGUGCAGCUAUGCCAGCAGGGAUACCUACAAACUGAAGAGGCACAUGAGGACUCACUCUGGAGAGAAGCCAUAUGAAUGUUACAUCUGCCAUGCUCGCUUCACUCAGAGUGGUACCAUGAAGAUGCACAUUUUGCAGAAGCACACGGAGAACGUGGCCAAAUUUCACUGUCCUCACUGUGAUACUGUUAUAGCGAGAAAGAGUGACUUGGGUGUCCAUUUGCGAAAGCAGCAUUCCUACAUCGAACAGGGCAAGAAGUGUCGCUAUUGUGACGCUGUGUUUCAUGAGCGGUAUGCCCUCAUACAGCAUCAAAAGUCUCACAAGAAUGAGAAGCGCUUCAAGUGUGACCAGUGCGAUUAUGCAUGCAGACAGGAGCGGCACAUGGUCAUGCACAAAAGGACCCAUACUGGAGAAAAGCCUUAUGCCUGUAGCCAUUGUGAUAAAACCUUCCGUCAGAAACAACUCCUUGAUAUGCACUUCAAACGAUACCACGAUCCCAACUUUGUCCCUGCUGCCUUUGUCUGUUCCAAGUGUGGCAAAACAUUCACUCGCAGGAACACAAUGGCCAGACAUGCUGAUAACUGCUCUGGCCUAGAUGGUGGGGAAGGAGAGAAUGGAGGAGAGACAAAGAAAGGCAAACGUGGCCGGAAGAGAAAGAUGCGGUCUAAGAAGGAAGAUUCCUCUGAUAGUGAGGAAAAUGCUGAACCAGAUUUGGAUGAUAAUGAAGAUGAGGAGGAGACAGCAGUAGAAAUUGAGGCUGAACCAGAAGUUGAGCAAGAGGAGGCUCCUGCACCACCUCCCAGUAAGAAAAGAAGAGGAAGACCACCAGGCAAAGCUGCCACCCAACCAAAACAAUCCCAGUCUGCAGCAAUCAUUCAGGUUGAAGACCAGAACACUGGUGAAAUUGAAAAUAUUAUAGUUGAAGUAAAGAAAGAACCUGAUGCAGAAACGGUAGAGGAAGAGGAGGAAGCUCAGCCUGCUGUAGUGGAAGCUCCCAACGGAGACCUCACUCCUGAGAUGAUUCUCAGCAUGAUGGACCGGUGAUGGAGGAAGACCAUGCUGGCUGACUGAACUGGCCUGGGCUGUGUUUAAGCGGCUCAAAUCUAUUUUUCCUUUUACCUUUUUUCUUGGCUUUGGGAAAUGCAUCAUUUUAGACCAUUUUACCAAACAUACUGGGAAAUAAAACUUCAAAAUGAUGUUAGAAUGUGAUUUAACUAGAACUUGCUGUUUUAUGUUAGCAUUACAGGAUCAUGGAACAUUAGGAAAUAUUUUGGAGUCCUUGAGGGUUUCCUGUGAGAUGCUUGAUUUAGUUUUACUCCGAACUGCAUUGUAAAGCUGGUCCGAGGGCCGUGUUUACAUGCACCAAGUUUUAAUAUACACAAGUGGAAGCCUUGACUAGAGUAUGUGGUAAACCACUCUGGACUUGCCCUUCCAGUUCCCAGAGUCCUCGAGCCUCCUUCUCUCAGUAGUGUUUUUAACUGUAAAUGCAGACUUGGGAGGGUUCUAGACUUUUAAAUUUUUUUUAAAACUUUAUUUUAUUUUUGCUUUUCCCCACUGACUAGCUCCAGUUCCCCAAGUCGGCUGCACACGGUAGUUUUGGCAUGCUCCAACUGGUUUCUGUCCUUAAUAUGCUUUGCUUUCUGCAAAGCAUUUCUGUAAUGGUCAAGCUUGUAAAUAACUAUUUUUUUUUUUUUUUACAUUUUAAUCUUUUUCCAUUAAUUAAGAGGUAUGCAAAAAUGCGGUUUAAAUAAACCCCGGUAUUUUAAUUCCUUUCAAACUAAGUGACAAGAGAAUUGAUAGAGUGUACAUGUUGGAAAAGCUGUUGAUAACCAAUCACGUAGAGAAGAGACGUACCCAGACUAUUGCUUGCAGAACAAGAGAAACCCACAUGUGAAAUCUGGUUUUGAAGCACACAGAACUGGCAUUUGAAACAUGUAUAAGUAACCUUCUUUUUUUGAGUUGUAAUUUCACGACUACAUUUUCUUUGCUCUAUCUUGUAGUUGUAUUUUGUGUUUAUGAAUCCUAUGUUAAGGCAGAAGUGGUGAUGUACAAGUGGGUCACUGCAGCCCUCAAAACCUGGGCCAGGAAAUUUUAAUAGGUCAGUAAUUAUACAAUUUUGGAUCUCUGAUAAAGACAAAAAAGGAAUAAUGUGAAAUACAAAUGAUGCCUGUAUAUGAACUGUCACAUGUUAAAAUAUGUAAGCUUUUUAUAGAGCCUCAGUCUUGCUGAUUUCAAACAAAUUUUUCUUCUAUGUAUCGCUUUUAAGAGAGCUAUCAGUUUAGCUAUCAGACUCUAGGUUGAUGCAUUUUUGUACUUAGCUGUACUGUGUGAUAUUUUUCAUUAUUUUAGGAAGCCAACAUGGGAAAAAAAUACUGUUAUAAAAUAUGUAAUGGGGUUUGAAAGCUGGGAAGGAGAAUAUACUGCUGUACAGCUAAUAAAUAAUAAUGGAUUAA